AUGAUGCAAGCACGUGGAAUAGCUGGCCGCUCCGCCAGGAGAUGCGCCACGCUUCUCGGCCGCACAACACCGCGAUCUCUAGCACCACAGCUGCCUUCAACAUCACCAAUAUGCCGUUCUUACAGCGUCACCGGCGCCUAUCGAAGGCCUGACGCUUUCCACUCGCAGCUCGACAGCUCUCGCAAUUCAGACAUCCCCUCCUCCUCCCCACCAGCCGUCGGAAAGCCUCAGACGCUCACUGAGAAGAUCGUCCAGCGGUACGCCGUCGGCCUUGCGCCGGGCAAGACGGUCCAUUCCGGCGACUACAUCUCCAUCGCGCCGCACCGCAGCAUGUCCCAUGAUAACAGUUUUCCCAUUAUUAAGAAAUGGAUGGACAUAGGCGCCACCAAGGUCCAUGAUAGCAGCCAAAUUGUCAUGACUUUGGAUCACGACGUGCAGAAUCGAUCGCCUACGAACCUGAAGAAGUACGAAUUGAUACAAGAGUUCGCUCAGAACCAUGGCAUUGAUUUCUUUGGCGCUGGCCGGGGUAUUGGCCAUCAGCUGAUGAUUGAGGAGGGCUAUGCUUGGCCGGGGACCUUGACCGUUGCGUCUGACAGCCACUCCAAUAGCUAUGGCGCAAUUGGAGCCGUGGGUACUCCCAUUGUGAGGACCGAUGCUGCCAGUAUACUUGCGACUGGUCGGACAUGGUGGCAGAUCCCGCCUAUCGCCAAAGUCACUCUCCUGGGCGUUCUACCUCCGGGUGUUACUGCGAAGGAUGUCAUCGUGGCGCUCUGUGGAUUGGUGAAUGACGAUUCUGUCCUAAAUCACGCCAUCGAAUUCACUGGUUCCGAAGAAACAAUGCGUAGCCUUUCUAUAGACGAAAGGAUCACAAUCGCAAACAUGACGACGGAAUGGGGCGCGCUCAGUGGGCUUUUCCCCAUUGACGAUGUCUUGAUCAACUGGCUGCGAGCCAAGGCCACCACAUCCGCCAUGCUCAACUCAGAGCCUGAUGCCAAUGCCCGUUUUACACACGACCGGAUCGCCCAGCUCUCUGAGAACCGGCUCACUGCCGACCCCGGUGCAACUUACGCCAAGUCGCUUUAUCUCGAUCUUACAUCCCUAUCCCCAUUUGUCUCAGGACCCAACUCUGUCAAGGUGGCCACGCCCCUUCGCGAUCUUGAGGCUCAAAAGAUUCCCGUCGACAAAGCUUAUUUGGUAUCCUGCACUAACGGAAGAGCGUCCGACAUUAGUGCUGCCGCUCGUGUAUUCCGCGAGGCUGCGAAAGAUGGUGUUGCACCCAAGAUUGCCCCUGGUGUCAAGUUCUACGUUGCCGCUGCCUCUCUAGCUGAACAACAGAUAGCGGAGGAAGCUGGCGAUUGGCAGGUUCUCCUAGAUGCCGGCGUGGAAACACUUCCAUCAGGGUGCGGACCUUGUAUUGGGCUUGGAACUGGACUGCUUGAGCCCAACGAGGUCGGCAUUAGCGCAUCAAACAGAAACUUUUCAGGAAGAAUGGGAUCUAAAGAAGCAAAGGCAUAUCUCGGAUCGCCAGAAGUAGUCGCCGCCAGUGCCCUGUCAGGUUAUAUCAGUGGUCCUGGAUGGUACCAGAAGCCUGAAGGCAUCGACAAGGUUAUCCUCGGUGAGGGCAGUGGCAACCUGGAGGCAGAUAAGGCCAUGAGCGUUGAGGACGCCCUGGAUAAGAUCAUCGCUCAGGCCGACAGCAUGAUCUUCGACGCCGAGAAGGAUAUGGGCGCUUCAACUGCAGCACCUGCAGACAACGCCGAGGAGACGCUGACCGACAUUGUACCUGGUUUCCCAGAGAAAGUCGAGGGCGAGAUCGUAUUUUGCGACGCCGACAACAUCAACACAGACGGUAUAUACCCAGGCAAAUACACAUAUCAAGAUAACGUCCCAGUCGAGAAGAUGGCAGAGGUAUGCAUGGAAAACUACGACGCCGCCUUCAAGGAUAUCGCCCGCCCUGGAGACGUGUUGGUCGGAGGAUUUAACUUUGGAACUGGCUCAUCACGAGAGCAAGCCGCUACCGCUAUCCUCGCCAAAAAGAUCCCGCUCGUCGUCUCCGGCUCUUUCGGCAACAUCUUCGGCCGUAACAGCAUCAACAACGCGCUCCUCACCGUUGAAGUGCCUCGCCUGAUCCAGCGCCUUCGCGAGCGCUUCCCCAAGGGCGACGGUGCCGACAUUCAGCUCACGCGACGCACGGGAUGGAAGUUCCUGUGGGACGUACGCAGGAGCAAGGUCGUCGUCACAGAGGACAACGGAGAGACGUGGAGCCAGAAGGUGGGUGAACUGCCGCCGAAUGUGCAAGAGAUCAUUAGCAGGGGAGGUUUGGAGGCCUGGGUCAAGGGAGAGAUUGCAAAGUGA